GGUGAUAAGCCUAUUAGGCAGGCCGACGGCGCAGAUUCAAUGGGAGAAGAGAAAGGUCCAUUUCGCAGCCUCGUGCCGUCGGUCGGUGACGCGGAAUGCAUCUAGAAUUUACGCCCUUGCGCCCGCCACCUUCCGCAUCACAAGUCGGCCGGCGAUGGACGACGCCUCUUGCGCGAUUGCGACUUCCCCAGAUUGCUUGUCUCCGUAAAUGCCAUAAAUGCAAUGCAUCUCUCACCACGUGAUUCCGGGCGCGUUCCAAUCUUCUCCUUCUGCCACUGCCGUCACCACCAACACCGCUACCGCUACCGCCGACCGCAACAUUGAUUCUCAUCCUCCAUCUCGCCUGCUCCCCCCCCCUCUACUCGAGCACCCUUUGCGCCCUCCGAACCACCACCCUCUCCUCUGCGAGGAUCCUAGCCGCCUUUUCUACCGCGAAGCCCGCGCGCCGAUAUCGACCAAGAUGGAUCCGGCGCCUCCUCCCACGCCCAUACAGUCCAUCGACGAGCCGGGCGUGAGGGUUCCGGACCACGUAGUCCACGCUUUUCGCCAGGAGGUAGCCAACCUCCUCCACCGGAACUCCACCGGAUUCCCCGGCGCGCAACCCGUCAGCUUUACGAGGAAGCACCUCGACGAGCUGCUUCGUGAGGAUUAUUAUGUCUGCGAAAAAUCCGACGGGAUUCGCUAUCUCCUCUACAUCACCGAAGACGAGAACCACACCGAGUCGCACUACCUGAUCGAUCGCAAAAACGAUUACUGGUUCAUCAAUCCCGGCUCGUUGCAUUUUCCUCUCCCGCAGAACCAACUCGCUUCCCACGUGGCCACGCUUCUGGAUGGCGAGCUCGUCAUGGACACCUUGCCUGACGGGCGCCGGGAACCGCGAUAUCUCGUCUUCGACUGCCUCGCGCUCGACGGCCAAUUGCUGAUGUCGCGAGAGCUCUCCAAGCGGCUCGGCUACUUCCAGGAGCAGCUGUACAAGCCGUACAAGAAGCUGCUCGAAGAAUACCCCCAGGAGAAGCAGUACCAGCCCUUCUUCAUGGACCUCAAGUCCAUGCAGAUGGCCUACGGCGUCCGCAUGAUCUUCGAGGACGUCAUCAAGAACCUGAAGCACGACAACGACGGCCUCAUCUUCACCGCCCUGCACACCGAGUACAAGCCGGGAACCGACCCGCACAUCCUGAAGUGGAAGGAGGCGGAGGAGAACACGGUCGACUUCGUGUGGAAGCUGCGGUUCCCGCAGGUGGAGCCGGACGAGCAGGACCGGGCGGAGGGCGCGACGGGGCCGUUCGUCGACUACGAGGCCAAGCCGGCGGCGGAGCUGCUGGCGAACCACGGCGGCGGGUUCCCGGACGGGUACCGGCACUUCGGGGAGCUGCACCUGGAGGACGACGAGUGGGCGGUGCUCAGGGGCCUGGGGGACCCGCUGGACGAGCGCGUGGUGGAGGCGUACAUGGACGGCCAGAAGCGGUGGCGCUUCUACAAGUUCCGCGACGACAAGACGGACGGCAACCACAUCUCCGUCGUCAACAGCGUCAUCGAGAGCAUCCGCGACGGCGUCACCAGCGAGGAGCUCCUCAACCACAGCAAGAGCGUCCGCGACAACUGGAAGGCCCGCCAGAAGUUCCGCAAAUAAGGAGCCGGCCGGCCGUCUCGAUGCGCCGUCCCUCUCUCUCGCGCUCGGCCGACAAGGCGGACAAGGCGGGAUCGGCUCCCCCCGAAAUCGAGGCGCCCGAGAAUCGUCGGCAUGGGCACCCAUUUAUUUUCUUUUGUCUUGGUCGUUGGCUCCUCCUCCCCGUCGGAGCUAAUGGGCGACGGAUCGGCUUCAUCCGAUCGCAGCGGCGGGGAGGUGGGCACUAGUUGGUGCAACGAGGUUUCUUCGGCGGGCUGGGGACCAGGAGAGCGGAGUUCUAGGACGACGGCGCGCGCGGGGCGGCUCGCAGAGAAAACGGGUUUGGCUUACUUGUUAACUGUGGUUAUGUUAUUUGUUGCUGUGAUGAUUAUUACUGCUAUUACCAUGAUUGUCGCUGUUCCUGCUAUUUUAGAGUCCUUACUUACAUGCGUGGGCAGCUAGAAUUUUUGUGAGGUCUGUCGCUGGCAUCUUCGCGCUGCUGCUGUUGUUAUUAUUAUUACUCUUUUCUUCCUCUUCUGCCCUCGCUGUCGUCUUCCCCCCCGGACCCUCCUGUGGGCACGGGACCGGCUUGUCUGGAUGUGUGAUGUUUUGGGG